AUGAGACUAAUUGACAUAGGGGAUUCUGUAAGUGAAAAGAAACUCAACUGUGACUAUCUAGUUGAAACAUUCUUUGAAACAAGCAGACAACUUAUGGAAGAAAUUGGUUCUUUUUCUAAUGCCCGGGUCAAGUCUCCAGGAGCUAAACCCUAUAAACACUUUUAUAGGAAGGGAACCCUCAAAACCAUCCGUGCACAUCGUAUGGUAAAGGCUGACUUAAAUGUGGGUCCUGAAAAGGCUAAGGAACUAGCUGAUGCAGCCAGUAAUAAACGUAGAAGAGACGUAAGUAGGGUAAUAAGUAGACCUCUGCUAUAUGAUUCUGAUGACCUUUUAAACGGUAGAAUCAAGGACCUCUGGCAGAAUUUGAACGUUAUCAUAGGCAAAAAACGCUCUGACGCAGACCAACCCAUACAAAACCCGGAUGACAACGCUCUCGUCUACGAAAGCUGUCAGAAGGGUGAAAUUUGGGCACAUCACUUCGAAAAACUAGCCCAUGACACUACAGGCAACUCCAGAUAUUUCGAUAAAUGGAGAAUAAUCCUUCCUGAGUUUAAUGAUGCAACUCAACUUGAGGGUUGCGACGACCGCUGCAAUGGAGUGAGGUUGCCACAGUCAUCACCAGUCUUGGGAAUGAUAAAGCAUCUGGCAAAGACAAAAUACCGGGAGAAUGGUACAAAGCUGCCACUUGUGGUAGUCUCUUUAAGCCAGAACUCGGUUUUGCCAAGACCAUAUGGAAAGUAA